UGAGCAAAAAUGAAAUCUAUUUUUGUUAGUCCACAUUUCGGUAUCCAACCGGCAAUAUCACACCAACUUCGACAGUCGCAAUAGAAUUUGAUAAUAAUAUCUAACUUUGUGCGGAAAAUUUGACGUAACUUUCCAAUAUGGAUUUAUUAUUUUUGAGCAGAAGGAUAUAUAUGCCUGAUGAAGACACGCUAGUAAACGGUGGUAUCCUUUUUACGAACGACGGAAAAAUACGGAAGAUUUUCAAAACGCCCGACUCUGUGAAUAGUUUUCUAUACAAUACCGAAGCGGAAUCAAUAAUAGACUUCGAAGACAAAAUACUGAUGCCAGGAUUGAUUGAUCCAAGCGUUCAUAUAAACGAACCUGGGCGCAAAGAUUGGGAAGGAUUUGUUUCGGCCACAAAGUCCGCAGCUGCAGGUGGUUUCACAACCAUAGCUGAUAUUCCAUUGAAUUCAACACCUCCAAUUACCAGCGUUGAAGGACUAAAGGCAAAAACUGCUUUAGCGCGAGGGAAACUUCAUGUCGAUGUCGCUUUCUGGGGAGGUUUAGUUCCAGGAAAUAUCAACGAAAUAUGGGGACUGAUUAGAGCUGGUGUCGUUGGAAUCAAAUGUUUCUUAUAUCCAAGUGGUGACGACGACUUUCCAGAAGUAAAUUUAGACGAUGUGACGGCUGCGUUGAAGAAAAUAGAAGGAACAGGCAGUAUUUUAGCGUUUCAUGCUGAAAUGUUGCAAUCCGAAAAAAUCACAGCAGACCAAAAUAAUCCGAAGAAAUACAAAUCUUAUUUGGAUACUCGACCGUCAUCACUAGAGAUGAACGCUGUAGACAUGAUUGUGAAAUUAGCAACAAAAUACAAACUACGCACUCAUAUUCUCAAUUUGAGUUCGGCCGAUGCUCUUCCUUUGAUUGCAGAAUGUAAGAAGUCUGGAGGGAACUUAUCGGUCGAAACCUGCCCUCAUUAUCUGUCAAUAUCAGCGGAGAAUAUCGAAGAUGCUCACACAGAAUUCAAAAGUGCGCCUCCAAUUCGAGAGCAAGCAAAUCAAGAUAAAUUAUGGCAAGGUAUCUUAAACAAAGAUAUCGACCUGAUAGCUUCCGAUCAUAUCUCGCCAACACCAGGUCCUAAAUGUUUGACAUACGGAAGGAAACGCGGUGAUUUUUUAAAUGCAUGCAGUGGAAUCUCAUCACUGCAACUAAGUCUACCCAUUAUAUGGACGAAAGGGCAGCAAUACGGGAUUGGGUUGAAAGAUAUUUAUCGACUUCUUUGCCUCAAUCCAGCUAAAUUAUGUGGUAUCGAUAAUAUAAAGGGAAAGUUUGAAGAAGGUUAUGAUGCUGACUUUUGUAUUUGGGAUCCCGACGAAGAGUUUUUGGUGUCACCUGAAAUAAUUUAUAGCCAGAAUAAGGCAAAUCCUUACAUGGGGCAGAGGUUGCGCGGAACUGUGCAUGCAACAGUUGUUCGAGGCCUGCACGUGUUUCAGCGAUACGAAGGGUUCGGGCAGCCGCUGGGAAGAGUCAUUCUACGAAAGACGGACAGGAAAAUAGUGAAAUUUGCAUGAAGCCGAGCAACAGAUUGUUCAUAUCAAAACACUCCCUUCACUCGUCCGAAUAAAUAAUCAAUAUUA